UUGUUGGAGUUUAGUUCGAUCCACGUGGCAUGUAAAUGUUUCUCUCCAUUGAUUGUUUAAUUCCAUACCAGACCUUCCUCUUUUCUUUCGGUCUCCUUCCUCCGUCUCGUUGCUUCAUCGAAACCCUCGUUCCGUUUCUCCUUCACUCUCUGCGACCAGAAAUUGCACAAACCAACAAGCAACUGAACUCACCCCCUGCCCUCAAAAACCCUAGCAAUUUGAACUACGGAACCCACGACCCUGUCAAACCACAGAUUUUCAUCUUUUCAUUUGUAUAUGGGGAGCAAUUUCCCGAUUGAGAUCUAGUCGCGUUUGAUUCUUCCAUUUCGACGCACGGAUGGGUGCUACGGGCUCAAAGCUCGAGAAGGCUCUCGGCGACCAGUUCCCUGAAGGCGAGCGCUACUUCGGCCUUGAAAAUUUUGGCAAUACUUGCUACUGUAACAGCGUCUUGCAGGCACUGUAUUUUUGUGUUCCUUUUCGUGAGCAAUUGUUAGAUUAUUACUCAAAUAACAAGAGUAUUGGAGAUGUGGAAGAAAAUCUUUUAACAUGCUUAGCAGAUUUGUUUACCCAGAUAAGUUCACAAAAGAAAAAAACUGGUGUCAUUGCUCCAAAGCGCUUUGUUCAGAGAUUGAAAAAGCAGAAUGAAAUUUUCCGUAGCUAUAUGCACCAAGAUGCACAUGAGUUUUUGAACUUUUUGCUCAACGAACUUGUUGACAUACUGGAGAAAGAGGCACAUGCUACUAAAAGUGAUGCGGAAAGUUCGUCACCGACUGAGAAAAUUGCAAAUGGUCCUAAAACUGGUCAAGCAAAUGGUGCUCAAAAAGAGCCAUUGGUGACUUGGGUGCAUAAAAAUUUUCAGGGUUUACUAACCAACGAGACAAGGUGCUUGCGGUGCGAGACAGUUACAGCAAGGGAUGAAACUUUUCUUGAUUUGAGCCUUGAUAUUGAACAGAACAGUUCAAUAACUAGCUGUUUAAAAAAUUUCAGCUCCACUGAGACAUUGAAUGCUGAGGACAAGUUCUUCUGCGACAAGUGCUGCAGUUUGCAAGAAGCACAGAAGAGAAUGAAGAUUAAGAAACCGCCUCAUAUCCUUGUUAUUCAUCUGAAGCGGUUUAAAUACAUCGAGCAGCUUGGCCGAUAUAAAAAGCUGUUAUAUAGAGUCGUUUUCCCUCUCGAGCUAAAGCUUAGCAACACAGUGGAGGAUGCAGAUUCUGAGUACUCUUUGUUUGCUGUUGUGGUCCAUGUUGGAAGUGGACCCAACCACGGACACUAUGUUAGCCUUGUGAAAAGCCAUAACCACUGGUUAUUUUUUGACGACGAAAAUGUGGAAAUGAUUGAUGAGUCUGUUGUGCAGACAUUCUUUGGAUCUGCGCAGGAAUAUUCUAGUAAUACUGAUCAUGGGUACAUCUUAUUCUACGAGAGCAUUGGCACCGGCAACAAGAGCUGAUAUAUGGAGAAUUCCCAUUUCAGCGGUCGGGUAAUUUAUGAUUCGACUCUUGUUUUUUGGGUUUCGCAUGUUUAUUAAUGUUAUUAUUACUUUUUUCCUUCUUUUUUCCCCCCUUUUUGCCUUUUAUAACCAAUGGGAAAGAGCUGUGAAAUAUUAUUGAUGUUAUGGACUGAAAAAUGUAUACAUGGUCGGUUGCCAGUUUGGCAUAUAUAGUGUAUGGCGGCAGCUUUUCUUUUCCCCUUUAAAUAAGUGAAAAGAGAGCAAUGUAUCAUGUUUAUGACUGCUGCUUUAGAGGAGUGUCUAUUCUGAUUCCGAUUCUGGCUCUGGUUCUAUGCUGUGGACUAAUCAACCAACAACAAUGCAUUGAAUUUCUUGUGAAUAGUUAUGGAUGUCAUUGCCAAGGUAGAUCUCGUAAUUUACUCGGGGAGAAGUUUGUUUCGUGGCCAAGAAAUUGUAGCACUUUUAUAGGGAUAUUACCCCUUGUAUAGAUUCUUGGUAAAAUUGCUUUUGCUUGGAUUGAA